UGUUACCACCGAAAAGAUCUUGACUCAGUCUACCGGGUGAUAAUCCGGAAUUUAAAACUGUACCUUCAUUGCUACCUCAACCUUCUCGACUUACAGCCUCUAUUUAAGUGAUUUACCGAAGCGGUAACAAAUCUGUAUUUUUAAUUAGCCUGUCUGGGCUGAACAAAGAGUCAUCCUGGAAGGAGCGGCAGUACCGAAGAUAUGCACACAACAUGGUUUUUAUGUGGCUCAUAUAAGAUGUGAAGAGAUGGCCCAGGUGGGGAAAGAACCUCAACAGACCAACCGUGUCGUGCUGGUUAAGAGAAUAAUGAUGAACGAUGACAACCCGAUGCAGCAGGGAAUUGGGAAGCCCAGUGUCUAUCAUGCAGUUGUUGUCAUCUUCCUUGAGUUCUUUGCUUGGGGACUGCUUACAACUCCAAUGCUUACUGUUUUACAUGAAACAUUCCCACAGCACACGUUCCUGAUGAACGGCCUCAUUCAGGGAGUGAAGGGCCUGCUGUCUUUCAUGAGUGCUCCAUUAAUUGGUGCUUUAUCAGAUGUCUGGGGCAGGAGAUCCUUCCUGUUGGUCACAGUGUUCUUCACCUGUGCUCCCAUCCCUCUGAUGAGGCUCAGCCCUUGGUGGUACUUUGCCAUGAUUUCUGUGUCUGGGGCUUUCUCCGUCACCUUCUCUGUCAUCUUCGCAUAUGUGGCAGAUGUUACUGAGGAACGUGAGAGGAGUACGGCGUAUGGACUUGUCUCUGCUACAUUUGCAGCAAGCUUAGUAACUAGCCCUGCUAUCGGGGCGUACCUGUCGGCAAACUAUGGGGAUAAUCUGGUGGUCCUGGUGGCAACGCUCGUAGCCCUGGCUGAUAUAUGCUUCAUACUGCUCGCCGUCCCUGAGUCCCUGCCGGACAAGAUGAGACUGAACACAUGGGGAGCCCCUAUCUCCUGGGAGCAGGCGGACCCAUUUGCUUCUUUGAGGAAAGUGGGGAAGGACACUACCGUGCUGCUCAUCUGUAUAACAGUAUUUCUGUCCUACUUGCCUGAGGCAGGCCAAUACUCCAGCUUCUUCCUCUAUUUACGACAGGUCAUUAAUUUCUCACCAACUACAAUUGCUGUGUUCAUCGGUGUGGUGGGAAUCCUUUCCAUCUUGGCUCAGACUCUCUUCCUAACUCUGCUAAUGAGGACCAUCGGGAACAAGAACACGAUCCUUUUGGGACUGGGGUUCCAGAUCCUCCAGCUGGCGUGGUACGGUCUUGGGAGUGAGCCUUGGAUGAUGUGGGCAGCCGGGGCCGUGGCUGCCAUGUCCAGCAUCACUUUCCCAGCAGUCAGCGCGCUCGUGUCCCGCAGUGCCGACCCCGAUCAGCAAGGGCUGGUGCAGGGAAUGAUCACGGGGAUCCGAGGCCUCUGUAACGGACUGGGUCCGGCGCUCUACGGCUUCAUCUUCUUCCUCUUCGACGUCGAGCUGAGUGGGAUCGCACCGAUUCAGGCCGACUACGCCAUCCCUCUUCAGAUGCCCAGUGAGCGUUUCGUAGUGCCGGGCCCUCCGUUCUUGCUGGGCGCAUGCACAGUGCUGGCAGCAUUCAUCGUGGCACUCUUCAUCCCCUCGCACCAGUCAGUGCCCGCAGGCACAUGCCAGGAGCGCAAGCUGAGCGGUGGCCUGGCUGGCGCCCACGUCAACACCCCGCUGCCGGGCAGCGAUGAGGACUUCGAGCCCUUGCUGGAGGACAGCACUGUGUGACCCCUCAGAGGCUCGGCGAGUGAAAGACAACGAACCGGGCGACUAAUACACACCCCCACACCCCUCUGUCUCCACCAUCAGUACCCCUGAACAAAACUCCAGCCUUCCUGUGGAUUUAUUUAUUUUUACAAAUAUUUUCACAUUCUUUUGAUUUGAUUUUAUUGUCAAUAUUAUGUUUCUUGCUUCAAACCUGAGUGUUUUCAACCAAAGUUUUCCCUGGGACAUCUGUUUUGCCACAGCAUACCUAAUUGCUUUUGAUCAAGGGCUUGAUGACAAGUGGAAUCAGGUGUGCUGUAGCUGGAGGAUAAACGUGAAGGUGGGCUUGUGGAAAACCCUGAUUGGCUGGAGAAGGCCUCAAGUGGGCUUGUGGAAAACCCUGAUUGGCUGGAAAAGGCCUCAGGUGGGCUUGUGGAAAACCCUGAUUGGCUGGAGAAGGCCUCAGGUGGGCUUGUAGAAAAUCCUGAUUGGCUGGAGAAGGCCUUAAGUUUUUUGAGCGUCUGCAACGUUAAACCAGGUUCAAUGGGCAAUGUGCAGUAAGGUGGAUUUAAGUUCAGACUUUGUAGCUCCUAUGGUCACUGUUGGUGGAAAUGCUCAGAACACUUUCUUCUUUUUAACCUAAUAGAACUCCGGUGUUUAUAUGUGCAUUUGUUGUAUUUUGGAUUAAGAGCCAUGAGAUUACCAAGAUCAGUGAGAGACUAACGCUAUAAUGAGAUGUCCAUCUUAUUUACCGGAGUGUUUCUGUUAACAAGCCUUAAAGUUACAUAUCCAGUAAAAGAAAUGACUGUAGGGCUUUCUUUAUUGCUCGUCGAUGCUUUCUGGAGUGCUUUCAGUGCUGAGGCUUUUGCACCACGUCGUAGCCACGGCCUUGGCGUUAAGGUGCGAUGUGAUGUUACAAUGCUGUUUUUACCGGUCAGACGAUUGGUGCUAAUAGAAUUACUGAGCCUAACAUGGUUACUGUGAGUGGCACACCAGUUAGGGUUGGCACAAGCUAAAGGUUCCUCAAAAAUGUCAGCUGUAGGGAUGCGGACUAAGCACUAAGAGUUGGAAACAAGUUUCUAUGCAGUAGUCCUGGUAAUUUUAUGGCAUUUUUGAUUCAGCUUGCAAGUCGCUGUUUAUUUAAGCAGUUUAUAACAAAACAGCUUAACGCUGUAUUCUUACCUGACUCCGGGCAGCUGUCCAGUUCAAAAGUUUUGUGUUGUUGCUUAGACUAAGAUAUUUUUUAAUGCAUUGUUUUUAUACUUUUGAAGGGAUUUGAUUAGUGGUCCGUGCAUGUUCAUUAAAAGGCUUUACUUAUCUAUCCCUAGAAAUAUUCCAUUAAUGUUAAUCACCAGCUACCUCCUUUUCUGAGGUUGUGACUCAUGUUUGAAUCUGACAUUUCCUGAUAUAGCCAUACUGUUCUCCUUGCCCAAGAUAAAUCCCUGAAACUGACGUAUUGAUUUUUUUUUUGAGAGAAACGAUAUUACGACCUUAUUCUCUAAGGACACUUGCAGGUGCAUUCCCUUUGUAUACAGGCAGAAUGUCUAGUGGUCUUUAUGGUCAGUUAUGGCUCUUGCAGCCAUGUUUUGGUUUUUGAUUUUGGGGUUCCUUUGCAUUAUUUCUGUAUGAAUGAAGGAAUGUAAUAUGCUUUCUUAUACUUGCCAUUCCUAUCUAGAGAGCUCUGUGUGUGUUGACUUAUGCUGAUUACCAUGAAGGUGUUUGGUGUGUUUUGAGCACCCACACCCACUAUGAGACAGCACUGUAAAUGAAAGCCCCUUCCACUUUUGUUUGUCUGAACAUUGUAUGUCUGCUGCCAUCAUUCCAGCCUUCUAACUUGCGCGUGUCAAAUCAGCUGUCGUCGUUUUACAACUGGCGGUGCUGCUUUGCAGUUUUACAAACCUGUUCUCCCUUCAUCUGCUUUGGGAGACAUUCACAAUACAUGUGUCCAAGCGUGAUUCGUACCACCACCACACAGGACAGAAUGGUAGGACUCUCUGUGCCCGAACUUCCUCAAGUGUAUUCUGAAGAGACUGCAAACAUUGCCCGCUGUGGAUGACAGUUGGGACUAUGGGCAUGUAUAUAUGAUCUGUAGUGCACAGCCUGUAACAGUUAUUAUGAACAUGUAAUAUAAAAUGAUGGUAAUAUUAAGUAUUUUAAGAUUGUAUAGUAUUGUACAUGUACUGAGUAGUAUUAAUGGAAUAUAUUAAAUGUUGCUAGAAGCUGCUAUAUUUUUGGAACAGAGUAUGAAACGUUGGCCACUUCUAUUUGGAAAUUUCCAAGUCUCUAGUGAGGGAUUUUUUUUUUGUGCGUGUGUUUGGCAAAGAUGGCUCAUCUCACCAGCUCUGGUCUAAUACAGCUUGACUAUUUGUGUUAAGAUCUCUGCACUUCUCAUCUUUUCGAGAGGAUACACAAAUGUGCCUAAAGUGAAAACCAUGUUCAUUUUUAAAUACCUAAAAAGGAGUGUAAAUACUGCAUACAUAGAACAGCUUUUACUGCUGACAAAAUGUGAUAUGUACAGCAACUUCUAUAUUUAUUGUUAUGUCUUGGUGGAAUAUGUUAAGUAGUUAUCGUUGAAUAAAGAAGAGGCUAAGGAAAGUGCA